GAGCCUGUUGCUUUUCUUGACUCACAGCUUUCUUUCUGUUCUCUUUUCUUCUGCCUUGUGAUAUUUUUACUCUUCUUCCUGUCUUACCCCCUUUUCUUAUUUGCUACUGACCUUGACGAUACCAUAACUUUUCCUCGAGACCCACCUGCAUGUUCACAUUUUUGGCUUUUACUUAAAUACCUUGACGGCUGUUCAAUGGAUUGCUAUGGAAUUUGAUGGAGAUAUCCAUGGUGCUCAGAGGAUCAAUCAUAAUGUUUGUGGCUUUUCCUCUUACACCACCAACAGGAUGACUUCCUUGUGAUGAACUCGGAAAUAUUUGAUUUCUGGAAUAGACGAGGACAACCCAAAACGCACAUUAGCUCUGGUCUGUGAGACUUAACCAUCUUUUUUGGGGAGGGAGCACUGGUUCAGCCUGGCUUUCAGCUCCUUUGAAGGACACACUUUAUAGGCCCUGGACUUUGAUACAGCUUGUGAAUCUUUCCUCUGAAAUACAGGAUGUGAUGCAUUUGAGACAUUUCUUGCAGUACAUACCACAAGCAGCAGUAGUGAUCAUGGCAAUUGAUACUUGAAGUCCAGGCACAAAGACAAAAAAAUCACUCAGGGAAAGACAAGUGUGUUCAAAAUAAGAGUCAACAGUGAAAAGUAAACCAUCUUGACAUUGGCUAUGAAGGAUGAAAGAGAGGUAAUAUGCUUUACAAAGACCAGGAUGAGACCAAUGUGACAGGAAGUGCACUUUGCAUAUUCUGUGAUAACCAAUCAGAUGCAUUUGAUGGUCUGACCUAUCACGACCAUCUUACCUCCUUCACACUGAAAUACCAAUAAGUCUCCUAAAAAGAGACAGUGAAGAUGAUCCUGUUAUGGGUUACGCUGCUUGUUCUUCAUCAAGUAUAUGCACUGGUUCCUGUGACCACAGUUCAACUUGGUGAACCUGCAACCUUCACGUGUGCUCUGCCAAAUAUUGAGAUCAGCCGUAUAAAACUCUACUGGUACAAGCAGCGUGCCGGGGAGACUCUGAAAUUAAUUGUGACAGUGUGGAAAUCUGCAAAACCUGAGUAUGCACCAGCGUUUUCUGUCUCAAGAUUGGAUGUAAACGUUUCUAAGAAUAUCAGCAACCUCACCAUUCUGAGGACAAUUCAAGAAGAUGAGGGAAUGUAUCACUGUGCAGUCCUGGAGUGGAUUAACAUUACUUGGACGGGGACCUAUUUGUCUUUAGAAGGAAACAAUCAGAGGACAUCAAACUAUACUGUUGUUCAGGGGCCGACUGUAUCUGAUCCAGACCGUCCAGGAGACUCAACUCUCCAGUGUUCAGUCCUCUCUGACUCUGACAACAAGACGUGUCCAGGAGAUCACAGUGUGUACUGGUUCAGAGCCGGAUCAGAUAAAUCUCAUCCACACAUCAUCUACACUGAUGGAAAUAGACAUGAUGAAUGUGACAAGAGAUCUGACUCUCAGAAAAGCUGUGUUUAUCGCUUCUCUAAGACCGUCAGCUCCUCUGAUGCUGGAACGUACUACUGUGCUGUGGCCACAUGUGGGGAGAUAUUAUUUGGAGAUGGAACUAAACUACCAAUCGAGCAAACAGCAAGUUAUGAAUUUAUUGCACUGGUGAUAGCAAUAGUCUGCUUGGUCAUUUCUAUGAUUGGAAAUAUUGUUUUCAUCUGUCACCGAACACCAAGAGGCAUAUGUGAACAAUUUAAAGAAAGUGCCGCUUCAUCAGCAAGUCAUGACAGCUCGAGCCAACCAGUACAUGAUGUUAUUGAAAGUGAUCUGAACUAUGCUGCAUUGCAUUUCACUGGAAGGAAAGCUACAAGAGGAAGGAAGAAGAAAGAGUUGAACACUGAAGAAUGUGUGUACUCUCAAGUUAAACAUUGACAAUCAGUGUGUCCAUGUAAACCUGUGGGUUAGUUUAUAGGACUGACCUCUGAGAGUCUGAAUAAAUGUAAUAAGUUCCCUUCAAACUUUGUUGAGAGUGAGCAUACAUACAUACGUGUAUGGUCCCUACUGGUAUAUGCAUAAGUUCUUUAUGUUCUCAUCUCUCAUCUCUGCUUUUUCUUAUUAAUAAUUGUUUAUACAUUCAAUUUACAGCAUAUAAGACACAACAUAACAAAGAGAUACAACAGGCCAUAACACACGUAGUUACAAACAAAAGGGGAAAAAUAUGUGCUUCUAAAUAUUAGUUGUCUUCAUUUGAAAUUAUGUGACACUGUGUCUUGUAAAUAAAUUGAAAUUGCUCAAAUACUUAUUGAAUGAUAAAUGUUCACAUCUUAAAUCACUUUGUCACUGCCACUUUGACUUGGUUUCUUUGUCGUGUUAUCAUCUUUUUGUUAAUUUUUAAUAAGGGAUGUAACAAUUCUCAUUUCUAAAUGUUGUCUUCAUUUGAAAUUAUUUGACACUGUCUUGUAAAGAAAUUGCUUGUAAAGAAAUUGCUCAAAUACUUAGUGAAUGAUAAAAAAAGUUUACAUCUGAGAGGCUUUGUGACAGAGGGACCAAGAGGGGAGCAUCUUAAUGCACAUGAGUUCUAUUAGAGCGAGAAAAGCCACAGGUCUUGGUUGAGAGCAAAACUGAUCUGCGCACACAAAACUCAACUCAAACAAGCUGCAGCUAAUUAGGCUGCUUUUCUGAUCCAUAUCAGUGUAAAAACUACACAUGACUGAUAUUUCUGUGAAACUGCUGCUACAUGCAGUAUCCAGGGCUGCCUACUUUCAGUGUACGGUUGGGUGAGGCGGUCUCCCCUGCUAUAAAAUGCUUCAACGAUGCUUAAAGUUAUUUGUCUGGUGACUGCUGAUUGAAGGUAAACCAUGAUAACAAUUUUAGCAACCUGACCAUUCUGAGGACAAUCCAAGAAGAGGAGGGAAUGUAUCACUGUGCAAUAACAUGGUGGAUUACGAAUCCAGAGUGGAGUGGGACAUAUUUGUUACCAAAAGGAAACACAGGACAUCAAACUAUGCUGUUAUUCAGAGGCCAACAGUAUCCGAUCCAGACCGUCCAGGAGACUCGACUCUCCAGUGUUCAGUCCUCUCUGACUCUGACCAAACCGAAAAGCACAAGAACAAUAUAAAGACUGAAGCUGAUGACAAAUUGAACAAUGCUGCACUGAAUUUCUUUGAGAAAAAAGAGAGGAAGAAAGAAGAGAGAGUUUGCGGAGGACAGUGUGUUCUCUCAAGUUAAAUGUUAAUACAGUUUAUAAUGUUGAGCAUUUUAUCUGACCUUUUACAUCGUGUUAGAUUAUGUGCUUGCAUUUGUUUUUUGUUGGUCUUACAUCUUAGCUCAGUUGCUAUUAUCAAGGAUAUUAGAACAAUCAAAGCCUAUAAAAUACAAUUUUUUACAUAUAAUUAUGUCUCAGGUUUUUGACGCAAAAUGUACUUUUUGACAAAUGCUUGUUGUCUUAAUCUGAAAUUAUUUGUAAAUUGCUGCAAUGAAGAAUUCUUAAAUUAAACAGCUAAAAUGCUUUCAAUGUGUAAAUGUGGUUGCAACCCACCUGUGAAUGCAAACAACUAGAGAGAGAGAAAAGCAGGAAAAGGAAAAGGAGCAGCAAAAGGAGAAAUCUGCUAAAACAUUCACAUUAAUUUAAUUUUAGUGUAUCUAUAGAUUAGUAUAGUGCAUAUACAGAAAUUCAGUUUUGAGACUGAAACACAUUCACUCUGGCAAAAUGAAAAAAUGUAACUUUAAAAAGACAGCAUACAGAGUAUAAUAAUAUAUACACUGUUGAAUCAAAAAGCAGAGAUCAUCGUGAUCCUGAUGUCUGGUCAAAAGAUAAAGGUUGACUAAACAGAUUUUUUUUUUAAACUCUUUUUCCUAUAAAACAUGAACCAGAUUAAAUGCUUAUCUUAAAAUGAAGUUAUUGAGGUUUCAUAUUUGAAACAAAUAAAAAACAUGUGUACAUUUCAAUUUAAGAAAUGUUUCUUACUUACUUACUUUGUUAUGAACCUGGAUACAUCCUCCCAGCUUAAUAGCUCUAGAGAGUACUCCAUCAAUUGUGUAAUGUUUCAUGAGGAAAAAAACAGCUACAUUGUUAAACACAUACAAACAACAUUUAAAUUAUUCUUUCCUCUUUAAAUGGCUGUCAUGUAAUGUCAUAUGGCAUGGGUGCAAUGAUAAACCUAUAAAGAUUAUC